AUGUACGAAUUUUUGGAUAAGCAAAAAAAGCCACCAGAAGAAAUAUUUAUUAUCGCUUUAUUUAUAAUGAGUCUUUGGCAGCAAAUUUACAACCCUCAGUUGGUUAACUCGUCUGACAAAAGUCCUAAUAAUACUUGCCACGAUUUAGAAAUCUUAAAUAAUACUCCUCUCAACCUUGUCCGACAAGAAACACAAAUUAAUUCACAUACUGUCGCUAAAAUUAAUUCUAAAGAGAAAAUAAAAGACUUAUUACCUUAUACAGAUACAAAUGUUCAUUCAUCACAUUUUAAACGAUCAUCGCAAGAUCGUUCGGUCGAUAACGAGGUCAAAAAACCUCUGUCCGAUUCGCUUAAAAGUAAUUUAGAGAAAACUAAAAGAUCUAUUACACAAAAAGUCACUUUUUCUAUAGAUUCUGAUCAUAAUCAACAAAAUAAUGAAGAGGAAAAAACUACUAUAAUAAACGAAGGAAAUAAUAAUGAAAAUCAUGAUUUAUCAUUAUCAUCUCCAAUAAGUCCGAAGGCUUAUCGACGAGCAUCUGCUCCUGCUCACGGAAUGCCUUUUGUCUACUUUUCAACCUCUGAAAUCACUUCAAUUCAUUACUUUGGCCAUUCUGAACUGGAAAAUAAUAAAGUCCAUGAUCAAGAUAAUCAAAAUUCUAAAAUGCCAACAGUACAUGAACAAACUGAUCCAGAUAAAUCCAAUUUGUCUUCUCCAUUAUUGUCUCCAAUGUCACCAUGUUCUUCGAUAUCCUCUAUAGGUUCGCCGACUGAUAUAUCAAGUCCUACACA